GCCCAAGACUUCGCAAAGACUGGUGACAGACGGGAAGUAGCCUAAGGGAGAACAAUAACCGAACGAACAGGAUUUUCUCUAAUGCAUUAAUAACGGUUCUCCGAGAAGUGUGAAAACGAUGGCUUUUACUCAAGACACUAUUCUGACAUUCUUGCUGAAACGGAAUGGCAAAGCGAAGAACUCCGAAUUCCUGAGUGAGUUCAAAGGUCUUUUAAACUGCAGCGAUCUAGAGGAAAAGAAACAGAACAGGGACCUUUUCAAGACUUUCGUGAACCACGUUGCCGUGGUCAAAGAAAUAGAGGGCGAAAAGCACAUCGUCCUUAAAAAGAGAUAUGUGCAUUUGUUGAAAGAGUUCCAAGCUUUAAGGGAUCAAAAAACAGAAUUUGGAGAAUAUCCAGCUGUCACACCUGACUCUCCCGGGGAGCAGAGGGGACCCUGUGAAAGCGAAGGAGCUUAUCGCUCUAAUCCUGCUAACAGCAAAGAGAGCUCGGAUCUCGAUAACAGUAAGGUGCAACCUCUUUCAAACACGAAUUGCGAUGAUUGUAACUGCAGCACCGAGCCUUCGGCCGUUGAACUGGCAUUGGAAAGAAGCGUGGAUAUGGAUUCAGCCCGGCUGCAUACAGGGACUAACAUACUGCCAUGUAAAGUAUUACAAGUCAAUAGCUCGAAAGACAAUGAGGUGAGUCCCUCUGGGCAUCUUUUUGCAACAGAUAAAGUUAGAGCCACCGCUCCUCAAAAGCCUUUUAUGUUGCCCUUGAGAAUGCCGCCAACAACACGUCCGAUUAUUGUUGAUUUCCCAGUGGUUAACGCUAAGGACGAGUCCUCAGGGACGGGUAGUAACGACCAAGACCUCGAAAAGUCCCCCAGGUCCAAGAGGAGAUUGUUUGAGGAAAUUCAGACUCCAACUUCUCCACACCCAGAGAGAGGCUUAAAGAACGCCAAACCCACUGAGGAACCCAAAUAUUCUGCAACCGUCCCGCUUGAGACCUCUGACCACGAGUGGUUGGUGAAGUCUGCCACCGGACAGUGGAGCCAAGUGCAUGGCCUCCUGCUUCAGGACGCCCAGCUUGCCCUGAAAAAGGACUUCAUGUCUGGCUUCACGGUUCUCCACUGGGCGGCGAAAGGUGGCAACCUGGAGAUGGUGGGCACCAUCAUUGAGCUAUGCCAGCGCGACCAUACUGACUUUGAUAUCAAUGCCAGAAGCCACGGUGGAUAUACGGCCUUGCACAUCGCUGCCAUACAUGACCACAGGCGGGUGAUGGUUUUACUAGUGAGCGAUUAUGGCGCCGACAUACAUAUACGGGACAACAAUGGAAAGAAGCCCUAUCACUACUUGCGGCAGGAGGUCCCGGCUGACGUGAGAGAGCUGCUCGGUGAAGCGCAGGCCUCCCCACAGGAACCUGUGCAGGAGAAGAGCGGUGACGACCACUUCGCUGAGAUCUCGAAAGGCUUUAGCACAAUAGGUAGGCUGUUUCAUAAACACAAACAGCGACCGGGAUUCCAGCCCGUGCUCGAGGACGUGGAGGAUGAGAACGAGGAGAGUCUGCCUCGGAACAGAACCUUCUCGGACGUUUUUAAGCAAGGACUUGCGCCGCACUGAUAUGCCAUAUACUCCAGAUGUGGAUUGCCAAGGUUUGCCAUCAAAUUGUACUUUCACCUAAAGGGUACUUACUAUCAGAUGCAGUGCACAGUGUUCAGUGAUAAAUCAACUAUAUCAGGGUAAACAUGGUCCCUAUUGGACUCAUAUAGCUAUCCUGUUAAGAGUUGAAUUAUUAUCCAGUGUAAAGUGUUAAGUGUUAAAUCAACUCUAUCAGAAUACAUAUGGACUCAUUUAUAUGUACUCUUUGAGAGUUGAAUGAACAGUGGACAUUCUACUGUAUGGUGGACACAUAAUUAGAUGGUAGCCAAUUUGUGGGUUCUUUAUAAAACUUUAUAACCGUAUGUUUUCAUAUUCAUAAUAUGGAAGUGGGCUAUAUCUCUGUCCUCUUGAAUGAAAAUUUGAUCAUUCUGAUUUGUACUUUGGGUAUUGGGUAUUUUUGGUAUUGUGGAGCAAUGUAGCAGUAUUUGUAGUAUUUGUAGGAAAUAUAACAGUACAUGUAGAUGUAUAAUUUACAGAAACAUGCUGUUUUAAUUAUUGAUAAGAAAACGGGGUGGAGUGCAUUACACUGUGACUCAUACUAUGAAAACGUAUCCAAAUAUUGAUAAGAGUGCAAUGUUUGAAAGAUUUACUCCAAUAUUUCACUGUUUGUGCCUUAAGAUUUAAUCUAUGCAUUGAAUUUGUGUAUUACUAUAUUCUAUUUUUAGUAAUGAUAUGAAAUAAUUCAUUGUUUUCCUUGUCUGUAAAUGUUUUUUUUUAAUUGAAGUGGGUGUGGGGCAGUUCAGUUUGUCAUUGGGUAAACGUGGCUGCCUCCCUGUAUCUUGUUUAAACAGAUAUCACUUGUAGUGUUGCCAAAAUAUACAGAACAGUUUCUGUCAAGAACGUCUGCCAAGAAAACACUUGUGAUGUAUAAUGUGCAAUCAAGAAAAAUGCUGUUCCUGAGAGCAAUAUACCAUGAGCUGUGCUGAGGCCUGCGAUAGGUAGAAUUCACUCCUCAGAAAUAACACUUUACACAUAAUAUGUGUGUUUUAAU